GUCCUUUAGCGGCAGUGUGCGCAUGCUUGGAUGCAGCGGAAGCGUUCCGUUGCCCUCCAUUAGCCGCCGUAGGACGACUUGUCUGAAAUCAUGGUGUUCGAGGAGAAAAUGAUCUUAAACGGAGACCCAGAGGAGGAAGAAGAGGAAGAGGAAGAAGACAUGGUGGACCCGUUAGAGGUGAUCAGGCAGAAAUGUGAGGAGACGGAGCACUGCGUCCAUGCGCAUGAGAAACUUGAGGUCUGUGAGACAAGGGUGGGCUCACGGUCGACCGAUGAGGACUGCACCGAGGAGCUUUUCGAUUUCUUGCACGCAAGGGAUCACUGCGUGUCCCACAAGCUCUUCCACUCGCUCAAAUGAAUCUUGUCCGAUCCUGCUCUUCUCGGCUCUACUGUCAGCAUCACUGCAACUUAUGUGUAGGCAGUGAGAUGAUUGCUGACUUUUUCCAGCUGAGCCACUGUACUGUACCUAACAGUGUGUACAUUCUGCUAAUGAUGAUUUGUGAAUAAAAUGUUGUAAUGUG